CUUCCGUGUUUGAGUCCGUUCUGCGUGGUUUUCCCUUUUGCACCAGAUUCUGUAGUGUGUUGUGGGUACUGUUUUCCUAAAUAACCAUGUCUCUGGAGGUGGAAUCUGCAGACGUGAUCCGUCUGAUAAUGCAGUACCUGAAGGAAAAUAAUCUGCACCGGACCCUGGCCACCCUGCAGGAAGAGACCACAGUGUCUUUGAACACAGUGGACAGUAUAGAAAGUUUUGUUGCAGACAUAAACAGCGGCCACUGGGACACUGUCCUGCAGGCCAUCCAGUCCCUCAAGCUACCAGACAAGACUCUGAUAGACCUUUACGAACAGGUGGUGUUGGAGCUGAUUGAGUUGAGAGAGCUGGGCGCUGCCCGUUCCCUCCUCAGGCAGACAGACCCCAUGAUCAUGUUAAAGCAAACACAGCCGGAGAGGUAUAUCCACCUGGAGAAUCUUCUGGCUCGCUCCUAUUUCGAUCCCAGGGAGGCAUACCCAGAUGGCAGCAGUAAAGAAAAGCGACGAGCAGCCAUUGCCCAGGCCCUGGCAGGUGAGGUCAGCGUGGUACCGCCCUCCCGUCUGAUGGCUCUGCUUGGUCAGUCUCUGAAAUGGCAGCAACAUCAAGGUCUUCUGCCUCCUGGUAUGACUAUCGAUUUGUUUAGAGGCAAAGCUGCUGUCAAAGAUGUGGAAGAGGAGCGUUUCCCCACACAACUCAGCAGACACAUCAAGUUUGGACAGAAAUCCCAUGUAGAGUGUUCCCGUUUCUCCCCUGAUGGUCAGUACUUGGUCACUGGCUCUGUGGACGGCUUCAUUGAGGUCUGGAACUUCACAACUGGCAAAAUCAGAAAGGAUCUGAAGUACCAAGCACAGGAUAACUUCAUGAUGAUGGACGACGCAGUGUUGUGUAUGUGUUUCAGUCGGGACACGGAGAUGUUGGCCACUGGAGCCCAGGAUGGAAAGAUCAAGGUGUGGAAGAUCCAGAGUGGUCAGUGUUUGAGGAGAUUUGAACGUGCUCACAGUAAAGGUGUAACAUGUCUUAGCUUCUGUAAAGACAGCAGUCAGCUCCUCAGUGCCUCCUUUGACCAGACUAUUAGAAUCCAUGGAUUAAAGUCGGGUAAAACAUUGAAGGAGUUCCGCGGUCACUCCUCAUUUGUCAAUGAAGCCACCUUCACCCCAGACGGCCACCACAUCAUCAGUGCUUCCUCUGAUGGUACAGUCAAGGUCUGGAACGUGAAGACCACUGAGUGCAGCAGCACCUUUAAGCCUCUGGGCACAUCGGCAGGCACAGACAUCACCGUGAACAACGUCAUCCUGCUCCCCAAGAACCCGGAGCACUUUGUAGUGUGUAAUCGCUCCAACACGGUGGUCAUCAUGAACAUGCAGGGUCAAAUCGUGAGGAGUUUCAGCUCUGGUAAAAGAGAAGGUGGUGACUUUGUAUGCUGCACUCUGUCGCCCCGCGGUGAGUGGAUCUACUGCGUGGGUGAAGACUUUGUGCUCUACUGCUUCAGCACCGUCACCGGCAAACUGGAGAGAACACUGACGGUCCAUGAAAAAGACGUGAUCGGCAUCGCCCAUCACCCUCACCAGAACCUCAUCAGCACCUACAGCGAGGACGGUCUGCUUAAGCUUUGGAAGCCUUAAGGCCGUCAGUCAAAUAUGAGAGGACGUUAUCUGCGCUCUCUCUCUUAUUAUUUCACAGAUAUUCCAGGUCAGAACUGAAGGCUCCGGUCAGUUUUUACAUUCAGCUGCCUGCAGUGUUUUUGGUUUUUUUUGUUUGUUUGUUUUAUCUUUAAUUGCAUACAGCUGAAUUUCAACACCUAAUGACAGUUUGGGUUUGUUGCAUAAGCAGAACCUUUAGUCAGAUAAAUGGGUGAGAGAAAUUUUUCCUUUAGUUGUGUUAAAAUCUUGAAAUGUUUAGCUAUUGCCAUGAGUCUAUAGUCAGUGGAAAUGUGGAGGAUGUAUCCUUUUAUAAAACCAGUUUGUGUAAAGUAUACUGCUAAAGGUUCUGCUGUCCAACACUUGCCUUCACCUUCAAAGAACAGAUAUUUGGAACAGAUAGAGUGGAUGCUAGAAUUGUAAUGAAUUCAACAUUUUUGUAAAUAUGUUUUUUAUUAUAGCAUUUUUUUUCUUUUUUCCAAGAAGACCUGGUUAAAUAGUUGUGUUUUUUGUGUUGCUUUUUCAGUCAUAGCAAAAAGUUAAGGGCCAAACAUCCAAAACGCCGAACACUUAAUGUGUCUCCCUGGAAUUAGUCCUUUUGACAGAAUUCAUCUUCAUCAGCUGAUGUUAUACAUUUAAGUUUUUCUAUUAUUUGUCUUAUUUUCCUGGAUGUUUCUCCAUGAGGGAACAUUUCCACACUGCAAAAAUCUAAAUCUUACCUAGUGUAUUUUUGUCAUUUCUAGUCAAAAUAUCUCAUCACACUUAAAAUAAGACAUAAUCACCUAAAGAGUAACUUUUCAGUGAGAUA